CCCGUUUAGAAUUUUUUAAAAUGUGCUGUGUUGGAGUAAUUGAGCUCUUAGUAAGUAAGUAUCAUUUAGUACUCGGUCGGGGAGUUGAAGUGAAAAUUGGUAACAAAUUUUGCAAUUAUGAAGAAGAUAUACUCAUAAUGUUUGUGACUGUGGAUUCAUUCACCCACAAUUUAUCUUUCUCAAUACAGUUCAUUCCUGGUAGUGUUGGUGGCUUUUUAAGAAUGGCUUAGAUUUGGUAAAUAUAGCUGCUUAUGUAUGGUCUUAAUUUUAUAGUGCACUAUGUCAUCAUAUUUUAUUGAGUUAUAUGUCCGUUCCAUCUUGGCUUACAAUUGGUGAAAGGAAGAAAAAAUGGCAGAAGCAAACAGCAGAGAGUCCCAAAGAAGAAGAAGAAGAAGAAUCCUUCAACAAGGAUCUGACCGUCUUGCCUUCAUUAAGGGUCACAUCCAAACCCUCCCUUCUCCCGAUAAUUUGCCUCACGCAGAAGAAGAAAACUCGAAUUCCGUUUUGCAGAAUCACGUUGCUUCUGAUAGAAGCAUAACCCAAACACCAACUGAAAUUGAACCUAGUUCUGAAAUUCAACGCGGUGAGAAUGAGAUUUCAACUUUCCCAAGCUCUGAAAUUGAAGCUGAAAGUGUAAAUGUACAACCACAAUCACUAUCACAACCACCAACACUUCCAGAUUCAUAUAAUGAAAUUUCCCGGCAACAACCGCGUGCCGAGGAGCCUAGAAGUUUCAAUUUCAUAAUCCCGAGCGACGUGAGUAAUGCAAUUGAUGCUUCGAGGGUUACGCGUCUUUGUUGUUCGAUUAUAGUAGCUCUAUUGGUUGUUGCAUCUUAUCUAGGAUUCUCUUUGAUUAAGAAUGUGAUAAGCUUUAGGCCACUUUACUUGGUUUUGCUAACAAAUUCAACUUUUGUUGUUGCGAAAAUUAUUACUGGAAAACAACGAGGAUCUGAUGAGAGGUCGAGGAGAAGACAGAGCAGUGUUGAUUCUUCUGAUCAAUGGAAUCAACUUGCUAAAACAUUGGAAAUUGGCAUGGUGGUAAAGAGUGUGGUUGAUGCUGUUUUCAUCGAUUGUGCUGUCUAUGCUAUUGUACUCAUAUGCAGCCUUUCGCUUGUGCAUACAUGACAAAAGGGUUUCUUUUGGUUUGAAUUUUGAACCCUUUUACUUUUGUUCAUUUACUUUGAUAUGUGAAUUAUCACUCAACUAGGAUUCGUAACUAUUAGUUUACAUUUUCUUCCACUUUGUGUUAAUUUGAUUAUUUUUUUGCUUCCACUACUCAUUGGCCAUCUUGGCUUACAAUUAUAAUCUUACUGAAUGGAUUCUAGAGAGAAUCCUCUAACCUGAUAAUUUUCUGAUUAACCCUAUCUGGCUUAUAUCUUUAAGUUGUCAUGCCCAAUGAUUCCCGUCCCACGGUAAACU